AUGGAAAAAGGUACCGAAAUUUUAAACGGACACUUUUAUUUUAAACCUCUUCAACAAGGAGUAGAUAGAACUAAAGCUAUUUGUAAACACUGCAAAGCGGAAUUUUCUUAUCAUCGGAGUACUUCAAGUUUGAAGUAUCACUUAAAUGUAAUGCACACCGUUGAUGCUAACAAAUCAUCCACCCAAACAAACAGUGGAGGAAACCUUCGGCAGACUACGUUAGAUGCAGCACAAGGGAGAACUACAGAGAAACAAAAGAAAGACAAGAUAACAAAUGCCAUUGCAAAGUGGGUAGCAAAUUGCAGGCCAACUAGUAUUGUGGAAGAUGUCGGUUUGAAGAAUGUUAUUCGGAUCGCAACGAAUGACUGCACGUAUGAGUCUCCGCCAAGACGCACCAUUGUAAGAAAAAUACAUGAACUGUAUGAAAACGAGAGGACUAUAAAGGCAACGGCAUUACAACGUGCACAAACUGUUGCCCCCACCGGAGACUACUGGACAUCGCUGGGUAACCAUAAUUAUCUCGGAGUAACUGUGUAUUACAUUGAUGAACAAUGGAAACUGCAUUCACAUGCUUUGACAGUAAUGAAGACACAAGAAAGACAUUUUGCUGAAACGUGCGCAGAACAUUUCAUUCAUGUUGCACAGCAGUGGGACAUUUUAAAUAAAGUCAGCACACUUAGCACAGAUUGUGCUAGAAAUAUUGUCGCUGGUGCAAGACAUCUGCCUUUUGAACGCAUCCCUUAUGUCGCUGACAGUCUUCAGCGUUCUGUCACAGUAUCUUUGCACAACAGCGCGUUUGACAAUGCCCUGGCUAAAUGCAGAAAGGUGGUGGGCCAUUUUAAACACAGUCCAGCAAGUGCUGCAGAAUUAGAAAAAAAACAAAUUGAGCUUGGACAAAAGAAGGAGUCGCUUAUACAAGACAUUCCAACCAGAUGGAACUCGACUCUGGACAUGAUAAAAAGUGUUUGCAGAAACGAACAGCCACUGAGCGAUGUCCUCACCACACACAACACAAAAGUUGCUAUGCCAACUCCAGCUGAAAUGGACAAAUUGCAGAGGCUGGAAAAGCUCCUAGAACCCUGCAGGUAUAUUUUACAUCAUAUAUUUCUUACUGACUAG